CCUCCUCCUCCCUCCGCACCACGGGCAGCGGCAGUGUCCUGCCUUCCUCCACCUCCCUCCUCCUCACCACACCACAGCCAGCACAAUGGCCUUUGAAAGCCUGUUCUCCAAACCCCCAAACCCAGUUCUUGACCCAAACAUGCCCGACUCUGACAGGCAACAUGCAGGGGACGAAAGAGAAGAUGGAGAGCUAGAAGAUGGUGAAAUAGAUGAUGCAGGAUUUGAAGAUGUUAAAGAACAUGGUACAAAAGGUGAAGAUAAACAGAAAAAUGAAAAAGGACAUAGAAAAUCACGGAAGAAACGCAAAAAAGAAAAGGAAAAGAAAAAGUCAAAAAGGAGAAGACGGGAUAAGCAUAAGCAUAACUCCCCUUCCAGUGAUGACAGUUCAGACUACAGCCAUGACUCUGAUAUUGAACGUACAGAAAGACCACAUAAAAAGAGUAGUAGUUCAUACAGAGAUUAUGAUUCUUCAUUCACUCAGCAUGGACACUUAUCAGGAAAUUACAUGACUUCACAGAAAAUGCAACAUAAAAAAAAUGUAAAAAGUAAGGAGUAUGAUGAAUAUGGUCAUUAUAGUGAUGAAAACUUUGGUAAUUAUAACGAGGAAGAAAAAGAUGAAGAUUUUGCUGAUCAGCUCAAACAAUACAGGCAAUCUAAAGAGACUUCCAACCCUGAUUUAGGACCUCCAUUUCCUAAAGAACCAGUGAAAAAACAAGGGAUGAAAGGGAUCCAAAAAGGUAUUUCUCAAAGGGGUAAUAAUUACCAUGUUGGUCGUGGGCGUGGAAUGCAAAAGAAAUUGAAGCGUAAAGAUCGUGGCAGAGGAAGAGGGGGCAAUAAAGGAUCUGAUGGCUUUCACGAGAACAUGCCCUGUCAUCCAGCUAAAUCUCCCAAGUUGUGGGGAAGGGUGGAGACGAAGAGGCAGCUGCAGGCAGGUCCCAGCAGGGCUAGAAGACAGAAAACAAAAAGCUGGGCUCCUGGCUACAGCAAAAUAAUGAAUUCUGCAACACAGAUGCUGAGUUCCCUGGAUGGCAAACCAGUGAAGAAAUGGGUUAAUAUGAGUCAGGAAUUCAUAAAUCAGCAUACAGUGGAACACAAAGGCAAACAAAUUUGUAAAUAUUUCCUUGAAGGGAGAUGUAUUAAGGGAGAGCAGUGUAAAUUUGAUCAUGAUGCAGAGAUAGAAAAGAAAAAGGAAAUCUGCAAGUUUUACAUACAGGGUUACUGCACCAAAGGAGAGAACUGCAUUUAUUUGCACAAUGAAUUCCCUUGCAAGUUCUACCAUACAGGAGCAAAAUGCUAUCAAGGAGAUAAGUGCAAGUUUUCUCAUGCUCCCCUGACUGCUGAAACAAAAGAGCUGUUGGAUAAGGUUUUGAAUACUGAAGAGGAACCACAAAAUGAAGAUGAAAAGGAACUGGAAGAACUCAGAAAACGUGGCAUAGUUCCUCUCCCUAAGCCACCACCUGGCGUUGGACUUCUGCCAACCCCACCAGAGCAAUAUCCGUUUUCUGAGUCUGAUGCAGAAAAUUUUCAAGAUCCUUCAGGAGAGUAUAAGAAAAUCCCAUCUCUCUUUGAAAUAGUUGUGAAGCCUACUGUGGAUUUAGCGCACAAAAUUGGAAAAAAGCCACCAACCUUCUAUAACAGCACAUCACCACCAAGACCACCUUUUCAGGGCAAUGACCCACAUUCUCAGCAUAUGUAUAAUCCAGGUUCAAGUCCAGGGCCUGGACCUGGCAUGUCACAAGGACACAAUGGACCGCCGAUGCACCCAGGUUCUCCUGGACAUCAUCCAUGCGCCGGGCCUCAAGGCCCAGGAAUGCCACAGAGUCCUCCUAUGCAGGGUGUUCCACCAGGCUUUUUAGGACCACAGAACCAGACUGGUAUGCCUAUGCAAGCACAGCAAGGUGGCCCACCUCUAACACCACCGGGUCUUGGUGGAUCUUACAAUGCCCCAGGAGUUCAAGGACAUAUGGUGAAUAUGCCAAGAGAGAAUCAUUGUCCUCCGGGGCCACAGUAUCAGCAGAUUCCUGGUGAACGGCAGCCGAAUAUGAAUUAUGAGCCUAUUCAGAACCCAGCUGACUUCUAUGACAAUUACUAUUCUCAUCAAGCUGUACAUAACUUCCAGCCAACUAAUAACUCUGGUGAUGGAACAUGGCAUGGUGAAUUUGCAGAUCACCAGGCUCACCUCAUGGCUCAAGAGUCGCACACAGGUGGAAGUGAGUCAGACUGCAUCAGUAAAAUGGGCCAUAAACCAGCCAUUAACGUGCCGGAUUUUCUUCCAGCAAUGCAGAAAGCCCUUUAUGUAAGACUUAGUCAAAAGCAUCAGGAAGAUGGAGACUCUGUCAGCAGCCAGGGUCAGAGGACAAUGAGCAAAGAAGAAGAUGACAAUGUAAACUGGUACUCCAGUAGUGAAGAGGAAGAGGGGAGCAGUGUUAAAUCAAUACUAAAAACCUUAAAGAAACAAAGCGAAAAUUUUAGGAGUCGGCAACAACAUUCCACAGAGCAGCACAUGCUUGGUAUUCCUACUGACCCGAGGCUGGCAAAAGAAAAAGGCUCAGGACCCCAGGCUGCUGACCCAAGACUUAGGGCCUCUCCAAGGUCAAACCCCAGAAAGCCUUCAGAAUCUGCAUCCUUGGACCCACGGCUUGCGCGAGAUCCCAGGAUGUUAAAGGUUAGUGAAGGUGGCCAUGCCAGCUCGUCUCUUGGGGGAGCAAAGCUAGAUUUACAUCAUGCGCACACUGGCGUUAAAGUCAAGCAAAAAGGGAUGGAUGAUGACGAAGAGGAUUCAGAAAGAGAACUGAGAGAGCGAGCCUUCCUAAUACCAUUGGAACCUUUACCUGGUGUCACAUUAAGGGAUCCUCGAUCUCAGCUGAGGCAGUUCAGCCACAUUAAAAUGGAUGUUACCCUGAUGAAACCAAACUUUGCUAAACACAUUGUAUGGGCUCCCGAAGACUUGCUCCCAAUACCUUUGCCUAAACCUGACCCAGUCUCUUCAAUUAAUUUACCUCUUCCUCCACUCAUUGCUGACCAGAGACUUAAUAAACUGCGGAAUUUAAAAAAUGAUCCCCAUCCAAAUGCAAUGCCAGCUGACCCAAGACUAGCUGCAAAGGCAAAAAAUAACUUAACGGGCAGGAGUGGCUAUUUGGAUCAGCCUGCAGACUCGCAUGCCAGUAGCUCAAGCAAAUUAGGAGACCCUCGCUUACAAAAAAAUGUUGAUCCCAGACUUCACAGACUGUCUAGUACAGACGCACAUCAUGGACUCGCAAAGGAUUCACACCCUUCAAAGUUUGACCCCCGCCUCACCAGAUCUGCUGCCAGUUCAUCACAGUCCUCAGAAGCUGUGACUUCUAAAGCUGACCCAGAUGCUCUGCCUCCAUAUGCACCCAAGUUAUCAUCAAGUGGUGUCAGACUGGGAACUCCAGGAUCGAUUCUUAGCGGUAUUAGUUUGUAUGAUCCAAGAGAUCACAGCUCAUCAUUGGACACAACUCCAGUUAAUCCAGGGGAGAAUGGAGAGAACCAGAAAAAAAGUAUUUUGAAAAAUUCUGGUAAAAAUGAGCCCAGUCUCUCAGAAGAUUCAUUGCUGCAGAAGGCUGCCUCUAACGCGGAAAAGAAUACCGAAGGAUCAGCAGAAGCCGCUUCAGAUAAAGCAAAUAGCACUGGUAAAUCUCAGGCUAAACACUCCAGCACUGCACCUGCGGUGCAUAAUCUUCCUAUCCAAGCUUUAUCGGGAUUAAUCAGACCACAGUACAGUGAUCCAAGGCAGGUUAGACAGCCUGGACAGGUAAAUCAAACACAGGAUAAUGAUCCAAACGGGGAAUCAGAUGAUAAGUCAUUAAAAGAUGUUUUCAAGACUUUUGAUCCAACUGCUUCACCAUUUUGUUAGCAAUUGAUUUUAAGUCUUUUUACUGUUGUGAAUAUUGCAGUUUUCUGCUGUUUUGUAACUGGUUUACCUCUUUGCUUUAUUUAUUUUUAAAUUAUAAUUAUCAACACUUUUCAGCUGCUAAUCUCAGAACCACAUGCAGUUAUACAGUAUGCUAUAGUGUUUGCAAAGCUGUGGUAUUUUCUAUAUAAUACUUUUCCAAUUUCAGGGAGACUAAUAAUUGACAUGUAGAAAAAACAUGUAUCGUGUUAGAGCUGAUAAAAGCACUUUCAUUGUAAAUAAGUCAUUAAGAAAGUCUGAAGACCUGUAUAUGUGUGAGCUGUCUCUUUCAUAAACAACAUUUAGAUAUGAUUGCCACAUUUGUAUGAUUGUAUAGACACAAGCAAUAUUAUGUACAUUACUGUGAGAGACACUGUUUGACAAGGAUUGUCUGAUGCAUCAAGCCAAACCUACUAACUGAAAUAUACAGAAAUGAUUUAAAAGGAAAAUGUUGAUCCUCCUUUUCAGAUCAGUUGAUGUAAGACAUUGGUUUUUAUUCAUGCAGUCAAUAUUCUUAGUGUAAAAGAUACCUAUAUCACAUAUUGAGGAGUACAAAUGUCAUAUCUUUUAAAAGUAUUUUAUUCUAUACUGUAUAUAGAAGAAAUUGUGAAGUACAUAACUAGAAGAAAGUUACUGUUAAAGUGGAGAAUACCUAAGUUGUCUAAUACAAAAAAGGUUUUUAUUUAAUUUUUUCACGCAUACACAAUUCUGAUUAGUGCUAUAAGUUACAUUGUGGUGUUCAUGUAUUUCAAUGUAUUUUUGUAUUCAGCUGCUUAAUUUGUAUUGCUUUUUUUGUAUUGAUGUAACUGCAGUACUUGUAUUCAUUGUGUCUUUAUGACAUUUUUAACAAAAAAUUAAAAAGGGUACAGUUAA